AAUAACACAAUAUCAUAUAGUAUUACCAUACCAUCAACAUGUCGCUCAAGGAAUCCUCAUUUAACUCAGCGCAACGCUUCGUAAGAAGCAUUCUACCAUACCUAGACAACACCGGUUCGCCUGCACACUCAGUAGUCGAACUGGAGAAAUUCCUAAAAGACAAUUUCCCAGAAGCAAAGAAAUUGAAUCGAUAUGAAAAAUGGUCACUGGUAAAGGGAGGCACCUACUAUCUAUAUGAUCAUAACGCAACAAUGAUGGCAUUUCACGUUGGUAAAGGAUAUAAUGUCGAAAAUAAAGGAAUUGUUAUCGCCGCUGGCCAUACUGACUCCCCGGCACUCAAGUUAGAAUACAAGAGCGAGAACGUAGCCCACGCAUUCAACCAGGUUGUACCACUCACAUACACUUCCGGUCUGUGGCAUACGUGGCUAGAUCGUGAUCUAGGCUUAGCCGGAAGAGUCAUCGUGCGCAACAACGGUGUUCUGGAAGAAAGGCUGAUCAGAAUUGAGAAGCCGAUUAUCGUAGUCCCCAAUCUUUCGGUGCACCUGCAAACGUCGGAAGAACGUCAAGUACUGAAGCUUAAUAAGGAAAAACACCUUAGAGGUGUAGUAGCCACAGAAGCAGUACAUAAUCUGCAUUCAAAUGGAUCGCACCCAGUACUAGGGUUCAUAGCAAAGGAGUUGGGGGUCAAGGUGGAGGAUAUUGUUGACAUGGAUCUCUGUAUGUUCGAUAUUACCAAGUCAUCACUAUCUGGAUUAUAUGAAGAAUUCCUCUCAAGUGCUAGAUUGGAUAAUCUAGCGUCAUGCUUCUCCGUACUGGGAGGUUUCGUUGAUUUCGUGAAGUCCAAUGAUUAUUCGAACUACAUUACUUGCGUUAUAUUCUACAACUACGAAGAAAUGGGUUCGUUAAUGGCAUCCGGUGCGAAUUCGGAUAUAACCAUUGAGUGGAUAAAGAAGAUUUUCAAUUCAAUGGACUCUUCAUUCGAGGAAAACAAGGAUAGAGCUAUGGUACUUAACGUAGAUAUGUCACAUGCAGUACACCCAAACCAUUCUGAACGGCAUUCGGACACGCAUCAACCUCACUUCCACGAAGGAUUGGUUAUGAAACGUAAUAUAAAUGGCAGAUACGCCACAGAACUCAGAGCAGCUGCCGUUGUAAUUGAAACUGCCAGAGAGGCAGGAAUACCAAUACAGGAUUUCAGGGUCCCAAACGAUAGCCCAUGCGGAUCCACAGUUGGGCCGUUUUUGUCUAGCAGACUCUGCGUACCUGUUGUCGAUGUUGGCAUACCACAACUUGCCAUGCACUCAAUAAGAGAAAUAUGCAGUACCGUAGACAUGUGGCACUUGAAGGAAGUAGUACGCGCACUUUUUUCAAACAAAAGGCUAUUUGAGCAUUAUCAAAGCUAAUUUACACUAUGACGAUUACCUAUAUCGUACAACACUU